AUGGCAGAUGACUCAAGUAAAAAGGUUUCAACGAUACAAAAGUUUUCUAAGAUCAAUUGCCUCUGGAAUCCAAAGGAUGCUAAAAAUCCUAAAUUGUACGAUAGUUAUGCCUAUUUGGAUUUACAUCUAAACCAGUUUUUAGCAAAUAUAAUUGACGAGUUCACAUUCUUGCCUCAUUCCAUCUACAAACCGUCUAUUCAUGUGUACAUAAACGAGAAACUUGUGUAUAAAACUAAGAUUUUGGACUUUAAUAACGAUUUGUUCGAUGAAUCCAUAAGAUUGAAGAUAUAUUCGCCGCAAACAGUAGUAACUUUGAAGCUGUACGAGCACGAACAGUUUGAUACCACAACCAGCGAAGAAUUGAAUAUUAAGCCUGCGAUCGUGUUUGAGAAGUCUAACAUGGUUCUGAUCUCGUGGGUUGAUUUGGACAUUGGACUCCUGGUGCCCGAAACGGACUAUAAGGCAAUAUACACAUUCAAGGCGAACCCGGCCUUUAACCCAUAUAACCCGGGUGGCAUUUUGUACUAUCCUUCCAAGGGCAGCAGGCCGCAAAUCCUGUCGAAGAAGGUGUGCUCGUCCUGCAAAGUGUGCUCGCUGCUAUCGUACAUCGCAGUCGGAACUGACAAGAAUUACGAAACGAUAUCGAAGUACUUCGACUACAAGUUCGUGGACUCGGCCACGGACCCUUCGGAGUCGAACGAGGAUGCCAAAAAGAGCGACGACGGCGACAAGUCGGACGACGAGGAGAUGGAUCUGGUGGAUGUCAUAGACAUGUCGAACCUGUCGAAAAGGGGGAAGAAGGACGGGUGUAACUGCCUGCAGCUGAGGAACAUACCCUCUAACUUCAAGAAGAACGCCUACGAGGUUUGCCUCAAGUGCCACGACUAUGAAGUGUGUUGCGAGCACACGCUUAACAACUACUACCUGUCGGUCAACUUUAAGCUGGUGCCCUCGAAGGAAAAGGUGGACUUCACAACGGAGCUGUUCUCAAGCCUGCUGGCGGAGCACCUGGACGUGAGGAGGUACUCGGACCUGGCCUCGAUAUUUGAGCGCUCGUACCAAAACUACAAAGCGUUCGAGUGCAUAUUCGAUCACCUGCAAAUGUCAAAGGAGAGAGCACUGCUGGUGCUCCGGUACUCGUUAAUAUUUCUGCUACUGGGACUCAUACUGAACAGGUUUUUAACAACGCUGUUCUUUCUGCUGUCAGUUUUCUUCUUUUUGGUUAGAAUAACGUCGAUAAAGCAGUUUAAUAAGGACAAUGGAGAUAUCUUGUAUUCCGCAAGGAAUACUUUCCUGAGUGGCCAAGGAGUGGACAAGUUUAUAAUGAGGCUGCUGGAAAAGGAAGUGAAGGAGAAGCAGUUGAUAAUACAGGGAAAGGUAUACACAGUGGAUCAGAAGUCAAUAGAAAGAAACAACCUUAACAUCCCGGAGCAUAACAUUGAGUCGAAGACGAAGCUGUACACGAAGGCGCACAUGGGAUACAGAAGAUGCGAAAACAUAGCGCUGAAGACAGUGUGCUACGCAAUCUCAGAGAGCAUACCGGAGAUCGUGAAAAAAACGCUGUUUAUGAUCCUGGUGAUGUCGGACGCCCUGAUUGGAGCAGCGAACGGAGUGCUGGCAGUCACGAGGUACUACGGAGUGCAGCUGGCGAUAUCGUUCUUCACACUGGGGCUCCUCUCACUCAAGUUCUAUAAGCUGUGCCUGUUCCUGCUCAAAACGCUGCUGCUGGUGGUGGUCCUGGCGACGGCCUGCAAGGACCUCGACGCCGUAAAAUACGGCCUUUCGAUGCUCAAGAGCCUGUCGACGUACCUGAUGCUGAGAGUGUACAGAGCUGAGUGGUUCCUGAACGGGUAA